AGAAAACUGACUAUCUUAUUCCUUCAAAUGAAAUGACUGUUUCAUAUAAUUUGGAUGUUUCGUCGGUGACAGCAUUUUCAUUUGUAAAGCUAUUAUUUCGAUGGCGUGGAUCCAUCUGGAAACAGAUAGUAGUGGAGCUUGUACUGUGGCUGUGUGGUUACUAUGCUGUACUCUUAACUUAUAGAUUAGUAUUGGAUGAAAAUGCGAAGAGAAACUUCGAACGUGUAGCAGCACACUGCGAUGAAAAACUCAAAUACAUUCCUCUUACCUUUAUGCUGGGUUUCUUUGUCACCGUCAUCAUUGAUCGUUGGCGUAAUAUUUUCCACAAUAUGGGUUGGAUUGAAAACUUGGCGCUAACUGUUGCAACAUUAUUGAAAGGAAAAACUUUGAAGGCUACGCUUUGGAGAAGAGCAAUCAUCCGGUACACCGUAUUAUCUCAGGUUUUGGUCCUUCGGGAUGUGUCCAUGCGUGUUCGGAGACGAUUUCCUAACAUGGAGUCGCUCGUUAUUGCUGGUUUUCUCCAUGAAAACGAGCUAAGAGAUCUAGAAAAUAUCAACUUGGUCUACAACAAGUACUGGGCACCUGUCAAUUGGUCAUUGAAUAUAGUCAUGCAAGCAUUCAAGGAGGGGUGCAUUGAGACACUAGUAGGAGCAGUAGCUCUCCAAAACGAGAUCAAGAAUUUUCGAACGAACAUGGCUCGCAUCUGCAACUACGACUGGGUGCCAAUUCCUAUCGCGUAUCCACAGGUCGUCUUUCUUGCCGUUCGAGUGUACUUCAUAAUCUGCCUCGUAUCAAGACAGUUUAUCAUCGGCAGCAAUGCAAGUAAUAAAAGUGUAAUUGAUCUAUAUGUGCCGUUCAUGACGGUGUUGGAAUUCAUUUUCUUCAUUGGUUGGAUGAAGGUUGCUGAAGCGCUACUGAACCCCCUUGGAGAAGACGAUGACGAUUUUGAGUGCAACUUUCUGAUAGACAAAAAUAUCGCUACAGGUAUGGCUAUCGUGGACAAUACUUACGGUGUUUGCCCUCAGCUCAUGCAAGACCAAUUCAUUGACUCCGACUUUCAGCCAAUAUACUCUGAGGAAAGUCACAAAAAGGGUACGGAUGGUGCCUUGCAAGGUUCAGCUGAAGGCAUCGAGUUAGCUAAAGGUAAUCAUGUUGAGAUGGUGGCUGUUAGCAGGAGUCCCUCUACUGAUGAUGAGUCGCUUAGACAACGCAAAACGCCGUCGCUUGCUAGGAAAAUAAGCGGCGCUUUGGGAGUUCCACACCGCACCCAAACAAUCAAACCGCUCAAGGAUAGUCCCGUCCCACCAGUUCCUCCAGAUUCUCCUCUGCGAAAGGUCGUAACGCUAAACUUUCAAAGGCCUGAUGCAAGAGCACUGAGCAUCGUUGCGGAGGAAAGCAUCGCACCGGAAGAUGAUGAAGAAGAGAAAGAUUUCGUGAAGCUUUGAAUGUUCUGUGUACUCUUUGAUUUUUUGAAGAAUAUGAAUUAAGAGAUAGCUACGUAAAUUUGAAUGAGGCAAUCUGAAGAUUGUCCAAGAUGUUUUUUCUUCUCUUGUAAGGUCAC